ACCUCUUAUAAUAGUAUUUAUUAUAUUUUGUCCCCACUGCGACGAGUGAGUGAGCGUCUCUUGCAACCCUCUCGUCAUAGAAGCCUGUGACAUUCUACAGAUCUAGUCUUCGAUGGCGCCGAUUCGAGCGCGCGGCGGCUUCCGGGGAAGACCAGGGGGUUCUGGCCGGUUUGGACGAGGGAGACAGAAAAGGCGACACGACACGCCCGCCCGAGACGCAUCCGCAGAAGGUCACGUCGAUUCCAACGUCGAGUCCCAAGAUGGACCCGACGGAGACGUCAGCGAUGUGGAGGACGUGGAGCAGGAAGAUGAUGAAGAGGACGAUGCUCAGCCUGCCAUCAGCGCCUACCAGACGCUCUUGCGAUCCUAUCACGUCUCACAUGAAGGGUCACGCCAACAUCCCCGGAAACGGUUGAAGACGACGCAUGAGCGUGGCGAGAUGUCAGAAGGAGGGGAAGACGAGGAGUCGGACGCUGCGAGAAAGCAAGCCGACGAAGAGGAUGAGGAGGUAGCUGGAGAACUGGACGAGGGAGACGACCUGGACCAAGAUCGUCGCGAUCCUUUCGUUCACCACUUUGCCGAUCCUGACGAGAACGAGCUGACGAAGCGACUGAAAGCUGUGGCAGCAAACCAAUGGUCGACAGAGCGUAUCACUGUUGCCGAUGGAGGAAAAUGCCUCGUGCAGAUACCAGGUGAAGAGGCAAACCCACCCAAGAGGCCAGCAGUAACGAGCACAACCGAUCUCAACCUGAAGCCUCGUCUCCAGUCGAAAGCAAAGUCUGUCGUGGGAUCCUUUUCCUCCGUGGAGCAAGCCAUUGCACCCUCUCUGUAUAACUAUCAGGAUGUUCUGUUCGGCGGCAGAACUGUUCAGAAUGCUGGCCGCUUGCGCCAGGUGACGUGUCUUCACGCCUUGAACCAUGUCUUCAAAACUCGGGACCGAGUUAUCAAGAACAACGCCAAGGUCUCUCAGGCCGCGGACGAGGACGUCGAAUACCGGGACCAAGGCUUCACCCGCCCCAAGAUCCUUUUCCUUUUGGAAACGAAGCAAGCCUGCGUGCGUGCAGUCAACACCAUCACAGAGCUAUGCGAUUUUGAGCAGCAGGAGAAUAAGAAGCGCUUCAUGGACAGCUUCUCUGCACCCGAGAACAAGUUCUCCGACGAUCGGCCUGACGAUUUCCGCGAACUGUUCGAGGGCAACGAUGAGAAUGAGUUUCGCAUAGGCCUCAAGUUCACCCGCAAGACGCUAAAGUUAUACUCCAAGUUCUACAACUCCGAUAUCAUCUUCGGUUCGGCGCUCGGUUUACGUCGUGCCAUUGAAUCGGGGGAUCCGAAGAAGAAAGACUACGACUUCCUUAGCUCCAUUGAAAUGGUCGUCAUGGAGCAAGCCGACGCUACGCAGAUGCAAAACUGGGAUCACAUUGAGUAUGUGUUCUCCCAUCUCAACCUGCAACCCAGAGAUGCCCAUGGCUGUGACUUCUCAAGAGUCCGUUCUUGGUAUCUAGAUGGUCAUGCGGCCAAUCUGCGGCAAACCAUCGUUCUCUCCGCCUAUCUUACCCCUCAGAUCAAUGCCCUCUACAACAAGUACAUGAGAAACGUGUCUGGACGAUUGAAGUACACUCCGGAUUAUGCGGACGGCAUAAUCGAGAGUUUACCGUAUACCAAUAUCAGACAGACCUUCACGAGGUUCACGUCGCAGACACCUCCCUCCGACCCAGACGCUCGCUUUGCCUUCUUCAACUCAGCCAUACUCCCCCAAAUCACGAAGCUGGUCAGCUCCAGACCUCCCGACGCUCCGGGUGGUUUGGGAAUUCUUGUCUUCAUACCGUCUUACCUGGAUUUCGUGCGCGUCCGCAAUUCGCUCGUAGAGAGCAACUUCAGCUACGCCAGCAUCUCCGAGUACACUGAUGCCACAGACGUGCGUAAAGCGCGCUCCCACUUCAUGAGCGGCCGACAUUCGGUGCUGCUAUACACCGGCCGCGCACACCAUUUCCACCGCUACAAUAUGCGCGGCGUGAAACGCGUCGUCUUCUACGGUCUUCCUGAAAAUCCCAGAUUCUACGAAGAGGCGGUAGGAUUCAUCGGCAAGACAUUGGAGAGGGGAGAAGCGGAGAAGAAGGAGGUAUGGGUUCGGUGCGCAUUCUCCAAAUGGGAUGUGCAAGCACUUGAACGCAUCGUGGGCAGCAAGAGAGUGGGCAGAAUGGUGGGCGACCGGGGUGAUACUUUUGACUUUGUGUAGGUGAUAUACCAUAACCGUUUGAUUGCUUCGCUAUUGUACAUGCG